GUCCUCCGGGUCCUGGAGCCCUGCUGGCAGAAAGGGAGCGAGUGGGAGUCUCCACAGCCCCGCCGCCCUCCCGCAGUAUGAAAACCCUGAAGAUGCAGCAGCUACAAGUACUGAGCGCCUACUGCUACGUGCUCCCUUUCCUCUUCACGGGCCCCUUCUGUUCCCUUCUUCUCUUCCUCCUCUUCACGUCGCUCUGGUACUUCUCUACUUGGUAUGUAGUGAGAGGUGAUAAAUGGUGCCUCCAGGAAUGCUCCCACCCUUAUCUGUCUGCCCAAGGAGGAAGGCGUUCUGAGUGGAUGAGGAACUGGACAGUUUGGAAGCACCUAAGGGAUUAUUUUCCCAUCAAACUGGUGAAAACAGUAGAGCUGCCCCCUGACCGGAACUACCUGCUGGUCGCUCACCCCCGUGGGAUCACGGCCAUGGGAAUCCCCUGUAACUUCUCCACUGAGAGCUCCGGCUUCUCCCAGCAGUUCCCCAGGCUUCGGCCCUUGACGGCCACGUGGAAUGGCCCCUUCCAUUUCCCAGUCUACCGAGACUACCUUCUAUCCUUUGGAGGAUGUUCCGUGAACCGCCAGAGCCUGGAUUUUAUUCUGUUGCAGCCUCAGGUCGGGCAGGCUGUGGUCGUCCUGGAGGGGGCCCACGAGUCCCUGUAUGCCAUCCCAGGGGAGCACAGAGAAGUGCACAGAUCACAGGGCACGGCUUGA